AUGAAGGACCCUUUCUUUCUAGAGCCUUUUCCAUGGCUCGUUAAGGCAACGCAGCCUUGGGCUGACUUUCUCUCUCUCCCCUCGUUGCCAUUACAUAUACACGAAGUCCUCGCCGCCAGCGUCUUGUACUCCGUCAUUUAUUACCCAUUAUCACCGUUGCUUUCACGCUUGAUUGUUGGCCGCAGAUAUGUCGAUUUGCCUAGGAAGAGAAGAAUCAACUGGGAUGCCCAUGUCGUUUCCCUUGUGCAAAGCGUUCUUAUAAACGGCCUGGCUCUCUGGAUCAUGUUUGUCGACACAGAGCGCAGUGAAAUGGAUUGGCAAGCUCGUAUAUGGGGCUACACUGGAGCCGCUGGCAUGAUUCAAGCUCUUGCUGCCGGCUACUUUCUCUGGGACCUAGUUGUCACGAGCUGCAAUAUGGACGUUUUUGGUAUUGGGACCUUAGCUCAUGCUAUCAGUGCCCUAUUCGUCUAUGCUCUUGGUUUUAGGCCUUUCAUCAAUUAUUACGGAUGUAUCUUCAUUCUUUGGGAGCUCUCAACGCCCUUCCUCAACAUCCACUGGUUCUUUGACAAGCUGGGCAUGACCGGUUCCCGUCCUCAACUAUACAAUGGCCUGAUGCUUCUCUUCACCUUCUUUUCAUGUCGUCUAGUAUACGGAACGUAUCAAUCAGUUAGGGUCUUUUCCGACAUCUUUGCUGCUAUUAACACAAACCCUAUUCUUCCCCAAGAGUAUAUCAACCCCGAAACAGGCAACACGCCCACCGCUACUGGUGUUAUGAGAUUCGCCACGUCAACGUCUACGGUUCCUGCUUGGCUUGCUGUCGCAUACCUCGUCAGCAACAUCACCCUCAAUGGGCUGAAUCUUUACUGGUUCAUUAUGAUGAUUCGUGCCGUCCGCAAAAGGUUUCAGCCGGCCAAAAAGACCGAACAAGUGACUCAUACCGAGUCAGAAGCGACCAAGACGAUUUCCACCGCUGGACAGACUCCUCUUCGCCGACGCAAGGCUUGA